AUUGGCCGUAUCAAGCUGUCUUUCAUCUGAGGUGGGCGGAAGCCGGCUGUUGGGACCACGAUUAGAAGACAUGAACUCACUGGAACAGGCCGAAGAUUUAAAAGCCUUUGAGAGAAGAUUGACGGAAUAUGUCUCCUGUUUGCAACCUGCCACAGGAAGGUGGAGAAUGAUUUUAAUAGUGGUGUCGGUUUGCACAGCCACGGGGGCGUGGAACUGGUUGAUAGACCCUGAUACACAGAAGGUGUCUUUCUUUUCCUCGCUGUGGAAUCAUCCCUUCUUCACCAUCAGCUGCAUCACGCUCAUAGCGCUUUUCUUUGCGGGGAUACACAAACGAGUCGUGGCGCCGUCAAUUAUCGCUGCUAGGUGUCGGACAGUUUUAGCUGAAUACAACAUGUCCUGUGACGACACGGGAAAGCUCAUCCUCAAACCACGGCCAAAUAUUCAGUAACCGAACGUUUUCGAGAAGUGACGUUCUCAGUGGACAGGGGAAGGAACGAGAGACGAGAAGGGACACGGACGCGUUCGGAGCUGUGCUCGUGUUAAAGCUGCUGAAUUACUCGUAACAGUACUUCUGUGUGUGUGUGUUUGUUUCUGGUUUAAUCAUGUAUUUUAUGUAAAUGUUUCUAUUUUUUAAAACGAUUUACCAAAUAAAUAUUCCAUAAAUAUUCCAA